AUUAAUUACUGGAUUAAAGUUACUUAAUUACGAUUCAAUAGGAAUGAUCCAGUUCAAUUUGUCCCAAGUUUGAGGGUCAGUUGAGAAUAACCCAAAACAAUGUAACGUUGUGUGUGAAUAGUGCCGACUAUUUACUGCCCUUUCAUUUGACAACAAUUUCUGAUGUUUUAAAAUCUGAACUCAAUUUUCAUUCAAUUCUUGCGAUUAUCUUAUAUACCAUUGAAUCCACGCCGCGAUGACUGAGAUCUUUAACCCAUUGAUGGAAAUCGACUCAAACGGAGACAAUUACGAAGACCUGCUCAGCGAUGACCCGAAUAAAUGUCUUCAGACAGUAAUAUACAUCAAGAACUUAGUGAUUGGCAGCAAUCGGUUGAAGGGAGCGAUCAUUGAGUCGCCAGUCGUGCCACGACUCAUACAACUGAUCCAAAUCUACCGCAACAGUAACCAACAGUUGGCCAGAGAGGCGGUGCUCACGAUCUCGAGUUUAGCCAAAGGGACGGACGAGCACUUGAAGGCACUCGUGGACAGCGGAGUGGUGGCCGCCCUCCUCGAGAACACCAAAGCCGCGGACACGGCGUUCGUCGAGUCGUGUCUGCGGGCGCUGCGGACGCUCUUCAAGUCGUCGGAAGCGCCCAUUAAUCUGAUAUUCGAGAGGAAUGAGAUGCCGGACGACUCGUUGCACUCAAUUAUACCGCAUUUGCUGUCGUUGGCGGCCAAUCACCAGUCGUUCGUCAACAAGGAGUGCAUCGCAAACAUAAUGGCCUCCUGUUGUCAGACCACAGAACAACAGAAUAUUCUCAGUAAUUACGGAUCGAUCGGAAUAAUAGGCAAUUUGCUGGUGAAUAACGUGUUGAGAGUGCAAAUGGCGGCACUGAACUGGUUGUCCCAAAUCUGCUACCAAAACGAAACGGUGUCCGCCUUUGCUGUGAACGAGUACUGCGACGGACGGGUUAUACCCGACCUCUUGGUCUCAAUGAUGAGCCAACAGAAGACUAACGAAAUGCAAUUAAUUGCCGCCAAAUGCAUGACUUAUAUCUACCGUUCCGGUGCCCUCACGAGCGAUGACAAGCGAAUAGUGUACAAGACUUUGCCGACUCUGGUCCGCAUGUGUAAGAAGGAUAAGGAGCCCUCUGUGCGAGCGAUGGGCGCCGACAUUCUCGCCUUUUUGACUGAAAUCGACACUAAUCUCCAGCAAACGGCCAGUAUUUGCGAUCACUUGAUCCCGACAUUGGCUGAACUCCUCAAAUACCAAUCAAACUGCAUAUCACUGUUGGGUUACACCGACUCAUUCAAUAACCAACCGAUAACUGCGGCCACCGUUAAGAAAUUGGAACAGGAGGUGAUCACAACGCAAGACAUAAAACAGGCGGCGUUUAAAGCGUUCGCCUCAUUGGGCGCCAACGACGAGGACAUUAGGAAGAAGAUCAUUGAAACGGAUUACCUCAUGGAUCACAUCGUGAGCGGUCUCUCCGACCCGAACAUCAAGACUCGAUUGUCUGCUCUGAGAUGUCUUCACAGUCUGUCGCGUUCUAUACAACAACUGCGGACAACAUUUCAAGACCACGCCGUUUGGGUGCCCUUAAGAAAUCUCUUACACAACGCGUCCGAUGAGAUACUGAGUGUGGCGUCGAGUACUUUGUGUAACCUUUUGCUGGAGUUCUCUCCGAGUAAACAACAUUUCUUAGAUCGCGGAGCCGUCGACCUGUUGUGCGAACUGACGCGCAGGGAUGAGGCGGCGCUGCGACUGAACGGCGUUUGGGCGCUAAUGAAUAUGGCCUUCCAGGCCGACCAGAACGUCAAGUCGCAGAUUCUCAACUCGUUAGGAACCGAUCAAAUAUUCAGACUCCUGUCCGACCCGGACGUCAACACUCUGAUGAAGACUUUGGGUCUGUUGCGGAAUCUGCUCUCAAAUAAACCGCACAUCGAUCACAUCAUGAACCUUCACGGCAAGCAAGUGAUGCAGGCGGUGAUCCUGAUCCUGGAGGGCGACCACACGAGCGAAGUGAAGGAGCAGGCGCUGUGCAUACUGGCCAACAUAGCCGACGGCGACUCGGCCAAGGAGUUCAUAAUGUCCAACGAGGAUGUGCUCAAGAAGUUGACCUCAUAUAUGAUGCACUCGAACGUGAAGCUCCAGAUCGCGGCCACGUUCUGCAUAUCGAACCUCAUUUGGUCGGAAGAGGACGGCGCCGGCCAUCGACAGGACCGGCUCAAGGAGAUGGGCGUCCAGAAGCUGCUGCAACAGCUGCUCACCACCAACGACACCACACUCUUCGACAGAGUGAAGACGGCGUUACAGCAGUUUAAUAAUUAACUCAUUUGCACGACAUGUUUAUAAAUUACAAAUAUUUGGUCCAUUAUUUUGAUAUAUAAUUUAAGACAAAAAACACAUUUUUAAAUAUACAAUACGUAUUGGAAAACGCAAAAAAUCAUGAAUCAGUAGUGGAUAUGAAUCGGUAUAACAAUUAAGAG